GAAAGAGUUUCACUAAAGCCAGCCAGACACACGAAGAGCUACGACGCCGUAGUUUUUGAUGUCCUCAAAGUUCCCCCAGACCAAAUUGCUAGUCAGAUAACAUUAAUGGAUCUACCAGUGUUCAAGUCUAUACAACCAGAAGAGUUAAGUAGUUGCGCUUGGACGAGGAAGGACAAGAUGACAUGCGCGCCUAACGUUGUUGCUCUUACUUGCCGCUUCAAUCAGUUAAACUUCUUAGUGCAGAGAGAGAUUUUAUCCAGUAAGUCGGCAAAGUCGAGAUGUGAUAUCUUAUCUCAAUUCAUAAAAGUCGCUAAGAAACUUCUAGAACUGAAUAACUUGCAUUCAUUGAUGGCUGUCCUGUCUGCCCUGCAGAGUGCGCCCAUAUACAGGCUAUCUAAAACAUGGACGCUACUAUCUCGUAAAGAUCGCUCUGCAUUUGAACGCCUGUCAGAUCUCUUCCAAGAGUCCAACAACAGGCAGAAGUUGAGGGAUUAUAUGAGCUGCGUUAAGCUACCCUGCAUACCUUAUUUGGGUAUCUACUGGUGCUAUUUAACGGACAUCGUGUACAUCGACGUGGCCCACCCACAUUCUGGGGGGCUCGAAUCCGAGCCCCGGAAGAUAAAAAUGAACAACAUUUUGAGGGUCAUUUCAGAGUUUCAACAGUCUUCAUACGAUAACUUGCCAGUUCAUCAACACGUUCAAAAUUAUCUCCGAUCCAUGAGGUACAUUGAGGAGUUGCAGAGAUUCGUCGAGGAUGAUUAUUAUAGGUUAUGGUUCUGCAGAUGA